AUGUCUACCAACAACAACAUCAUCAAGACCACCAAGUCUGCUAAAGUCUCUAUCAAGGCUGAAUCCGACAAGAUGGACAAGCCUUUCAUCUUUACUGGCAAGGGCGAAGUUACGUUCUCCGCCAAUGGCAACCUCACCUUUGCCGGCACCGGCAAAUUCACCAAGACCAAAGAAUCAACUGUGGGUCCUGCCAACAACGACACAGCUGUCUUGACCCUUUCCGAAAGCUCCACCCACCUUGGCCUACCUCCUGUCCCGAUCUUGAAAAUGACCGAGGACCAGACCGACAUGGUUCCUCCUGAGUCCCAGUCUCUUAAGACCAUCAGUAGCGGCAAACAGCUCAUGCACAAUGGCAAGAACUCGUCAGCCUCCGCCUCCAUGGCACCCGCCAACUCCGAGAUGUCAUCUCAGCCUAGCGGUCCUGGUAUUCCCUCCACCAGUGGCGCUUCCAACAAGACAGGCAGCCACCUCGCUGACUCACUUGGCCCCGAAGACUACACUCCUGAAAACCUUGCUGCCCUGCGUGAAGAGAAUCGUCAACGCUUUGCUCGAAUUGACCAGAGACUUUCUGAACUGGGCGAAAACGGCAAGGUCGCCAGGCGCGCAAAGACCAUCGAAGAAAUGGAGCUUGGCUGCCAGAUGGCUGACGAGAUGAACCGUGUUCUUGACACCAUUGAGGCUGGCUUCUGCGACGAGACUAGAGCCUCUCUCGCAAAGUACAGAAAGCACGAGAGACUUGCCCUCAUUCGCUACGAUCUCAUCAUCGUGAUUGCCUGCGAAGUUGAAGGUCCCGAGGCAGCAAGAAAGUGCAUGAAUGAGAUCCUUAAGUACAACGCUCCUCUCACCUACGAGGAAGCCAUGACUAUCCAGUGCUGCAUGAAGUGGAAGCAGGGAUUGUUCAGCACUUCCACCUUGACUACCCUGUGGCCAAGUCGAGCUUCUUUGACAAUCCAGUCAAGUUCAUCCCACGAUGCAUCACCAAGAUACUUUCGUAGUCCGCAGAAGUACUCUAAGCCGUUAGUAUCGGGCUCUUGUUCGAGGAGCUUAACAGUAGACGGGUUCUGGACUUCUGAAGCGGUAAAGUUCGGUUUCGAGAGGAGUGUUAGCAUGAAGAAGACUAGGCGGAGGUCGUUCCAUGUUGUGAAGCUGGGUGUUGUCGCGAAAACCUUGAGAGACCGUCGCAAGAAGAGACUUGAUGAUGCUGGUUGCGAAGCUGAAGAGUGGCGUGGUAAGGAUGAUGUGUGA